ACCCUAUUCAUCAUCUUCACUCUUCUUCAUUAAAGGCUUCUACUUUUCAACAUUCUUCAUAUAACUAAAAGAUUCAGAGCGGGCGAGAGAGAGAGAGAGAUGGACGGCAGGGGAGGAUGUUGCAUAGCCAGAUAUGGCGGCUACGGUGGUCGUUACGGUCUCUCCAAAGCGGACCGAAUCAUGCUUCGGUUCCGUCCUAUUGCUCCUAAACCGGCCAGCGACGGCGACGGCGGAGGUGCAUCUCCUGGCGCUGGAAAGUAUGGUUCCACUACAAAUAGUGGUGGAAGCUCCGAUGUUCCCGGCAAGUCCGGGAGAGGAAAAAGGAAGAGUUCAGGUGGAAACCCUCGGAGGUGCAACCGGAGGAAGAUAUCGAAUGUUUCCGACGGCGGCGUCGCUCCUACUACCGCGGCGGUUACGUUGUCUCUUCUACCGGAGACGCCUGAUAAAAUAGCUUUUCCAGAUCUGAACGUUUCUCCGGCGGAGAAUGAUCAGAAGCGAAACGGGCCGUUGUGGCUGAGUUUCAGCGGCGGAGACGGUGGGAUGUUAACGCCGUACAAGACCACGGAGAUAUCGCAAAGGACGGUGGUGGUUUCGUCGUGUGUGACGGUCGAGCGUGUGACCGACGCUUGGAUCGACGGUCAUGGGCUGGGGAGGACGGAUGAGGAGAAGAAAAUGAAUCUUGUGAGGGACACGUGUCCAGGGUUCAUAUCGGACGGCGUAGGGAGAGUCACGUGGAACAAUGAGGCGUAUAGGAAGAUGGCUAAGGAAGGUGCACCGGGCAUGAGCUAUGAUCAUUUUCACGUGAACGUGAGGUUGGUGAUGAAGGAGAGGCCGAUGCUUACGUACCCUGCGUUCACAUGCAGAGUGAGACUACAGUACACGUGUCAAGAUCGUGAAAGAGGAUCAGUCACGGUGCCUUGCGACGUGUGGAGGAUGGACGGUGGAGGGUUUGCGUGGAAGCUUGACGUUAAGGCCGCUUUGUGCCUGUAAUGUGUGUACUACUGGUCGCCGUUGGAUUUAUAGUGGUGACGAUCGACGAACGGUCUCGAUCAUAUAGACAGGCCUCCAUAGGACUGAAUAAAGCAAGUGCUAAACUUUGGUUACUUUUAUUUUCACCUUGAACAUAUGUUUGCUUUUUUUUAGUUUUCUUAUUUGCUAUGGUAAUGGUUAUCUCUGUCUUGGCUUAUGAUGCAUUGCUCAUUUGCUAAUCUCAGUUAUAUGUUUUGAAGUUAAAAGUUGUAUAUACUUUUGCAUUUUGAUAAACAUAUGGGUUUUUCAUCACAUUAUUUAA